CGCCCGCCCGCCCGCCCGCCAUGGAGCUCUUCCGCUGCCCGUCGUGCCGCCUGCUGCUGUGGGAACCCUCGACGGCGCCGUGCGGGCACUCCUUCUGCCGGCGCUGCCUGCUGGGGCUGCCGGGCAAGUGCCCUCUGUGCGGGGAGAGGCUUUCCGCCCGCUCCCUGGCCCCCGCCGUCCUCCUGGGCCACUUGCUGGAGAAGUGCUGCCAGCCGGGCGCCAAGGCGGAGCGCCUCCGAGCCGAGGCCGGGCAGCUGCUCCGGAGCCGCGACUACCGCGCCGCCCUCACCUGCCUCCAAAAAGGCAUCGCCAGGGAUGUAGAUGACCCCGUGCUAAGGCUGUGGCGAUCAGAGGCCUAUGUAGCUUUACAGCAAUACCCAGAGGCUUUGGAAGAUUUAGAGGUGCUAUGCAGGCAAGAGCCAGAAAUGUGUGAGGGCUUUUUAAGGAAGGGGAAGGUGCUCCUGGAAAUGGGGAAACAAUCUGAAGCUCUGCUGCAGUUCCAACAUUGUCUUACACUGAAUUCCAAUUUUCAUGCUGCUCAGCAUGAGAUAGAAAGGAUUUCCACAAAUGGUGCCUCCCCUCUUCCAGGCACUGUAGUGGAGCUGAAGAGUGAUGUGAGUCAGAGCUUGAAAGGGUCUAACUCAGGAAAACAGCUGGCGUUACUUGCACCUUUUGAAGAAGAAUCUUUACAGGAUUUGAAGAAUAAAAGGGAAACUUGUCUGGAGGAACUUGGAACUGGUGACAACCAGGCAACAUAUACUGUGCCAGAAUGCCUGAGGAAAAGCUCAAUUUCAGGCUUUUCCGUAAAGAAGGAAGAAGAUUUGGAGGAGGGAGCAACAACAGAUACUACAAGAGUGAAGUCUACCUGGGACGUCCAACCAGACUUCAGGGACCUCUUGAGUACCUCAGAUUUGGAAUGCUCUCUUUGCAUACGCCUGUUCUUUGAGCCAGUAACUACACCUUGUGGACACACAUUUUGCAAAGAGUGUGUGGAGCGCUGCCUAGACCAUCGGCCAAACUGCCCGCUUUGCAAACAGAGCCUCCGAGAGUACCUGAGGGCUGGAAAAUACAACAUCACCGUUCUGUUGGAAGAGCUCAUGAAAGCAGUUUUCCCUUCACAGUUGGCAGAAAGGAAACUGAUCCAUCAGGCUGAAAUGGCUGAACUUUCCAAUCUGACCAAGAACAUCCCCAUCUUUGUCUGCACAUUGUCAUUUCCUGGCAUUCUGUGCCCUCUUCAUGUGUUUGAACCCCGUUAUCGUCUCAUGAUGCGUAGAUGUCAGGACACUGGCACAAAGAUGUUUGGCAUGUGUAUGUAUGAAAAUGGGAAAAGUUUUGCUGACUAUGGCUGCAUGUUGGAAAUUCAGAAGAUAGUGUUUCUGCCUGACGGACGAUCUUUUGUGGACACUGUUGGCAAGCGAAGGUUUCGGGUUCUGAGACGUGGGCACAGGGAUGGCUAUAAUACAGCUGACAUUGAGUACCUAGAAGAUGAGAAGGUGGAAGGAGAAGAACUGGCUGAACUUCAGAGUUUGCAUGAUUAUACAUACCUCCUAACACAGAGGUUCUAUGACCAUGGGGAUGUCACCUUCCGACAACUCUUGAUGCACCAUGGACCCCUUCCUGAGAAAGAGGAAGAUAUACAGGCAUUUCCAGAUGGACCAGUUUGGUGUUGGUGGCUUAUCUCCAUCUUGCCUCUUGACUUAACCCGCAAGUUGUCCUUCUUCUCUGACACCUCCCUGAAGGCUCGUCUCACUCAACUGAAGCAUAUUCUGAAUGUCAUUCUGGAAAACCGUGACCUCAGUAGCUAAUCCCCAGACUUCAUUCCAAGAAAGAGGUAUCAAAACUGGUUUACUGAGAUCAAGGACCCAGACAGUUACACGGCGACUCCUUUAAUUAUGGCUGUCUGAAAGGAUCCAUCUUUGGACAUGUGGAAGUGUUUGUCUAACAGUUUGGUAUUUUCAACCAUGAGCCUUUCUUGUGCCAGACACAAUGAACUGCUGUUGUUCCCCAUGCCGAGUGAUUCUCUUGUUCAAAAGUGUCCAUUCUAACAUGGCUAUUUCAGUUCCACCUUAUCUUUCAGUUGUGGGGAGGAAUUCUUCUUACCAGGUUAGAUUAGCAAUUUACUGUUAUCAGUGCUUGUUCUAUUUUGUAGCCUUGAAAAUAUGGAUAAGGAAAAGCUGGGAUAACCAAGCAUCCCUUUCCCUCUAUGGACAGGAUUUGCUGUUGGUCCAUUCUGUGUUUGCUUUCGGGAAUGGAAUUAUGAAGGGUGUGUUUAAGAGCCACUGACCAUACGCACAAAUGUUUCUCAAUUGGAAAGUGCCUUUUCCCAUGAAGAUUUGGACUACUCCAGAAUGAGGCAGAAUUAUGGAAGAUUUUUUAAAGAAAAAAUGUUUACUGAACAUUUAUCCUGCUCUUUUCUUUUUAAAACCUACAUGAACUCCUUGUUCUCCCUCUUUACCAAAGCUGUAAAGGUGGAUGAGGAUGGUCUCUGAAAGGAAUUCAUGCCCCAUCGGCUGCAUGAUGUCACUCAUUAUUUUAUUAUUUGUGAGCCAUUUCUCUUGCCUAGUUAAAAUGUGUUAGAUUCACUCUGCUUUGCUUGGAGUUCCUUGGAUUUGUAUCUUUUUAUUUCCCCUGGCCAAAUUAUGUUUUUCUUGUUAAACUAAUAAAUUUCAUAUGUGUGUGUA